AUGGAUAAACUGCCAGUGGAAUCAGCAUUCCAUGGCUUCGUGCCAUAUGUUGACCACGGCGAUUUCAAGACUUCGCGGCAAGUGAACAAGCAUUUUGCUAAAAUGAUCACGCCGCUUAGGUUCACCGUCCUUCGAUUCCUCAGCCCUGGACAUAGGACCAACCCCAAACCAACUCUUAAAUUCUCAGAGCUACAGGAAGCAGUCGCCGAGGUUCUUCCCGCAAUAGAAUCAGUUGAGAAGCUCACAUUCUCCCCCGCAUUCAGCCAGAAAGGAGCGCCUGCUUCGGAGCCUAUAGAUGAAGCUCACCUGCCAUGUAGCCCCGACGAAGAAAUAAACGCUUCAGAACGCUAUGCGCUGUAUCAAGCUCGCAUGCAAGCUGUUGAGGAUGCUUAUUGGGCUCGAGUAGAGAGACAGAGACAGCACAUCGUUGAGGCAGAAGAGGCUUGGAAGGAGAAAAGCCACGAACAGGAACAAGCAAGUGGAGAUGUCGAGGCUUCCCUUCAAGAACUAUUCCAACACAUGCCGCGUCUGCAAGAGCUCGAGGUCCGCCCGUGGGAGUUUAAUGACUGGGACGGCCUUCUAUCCGAUUACUACCAAACCGACGGGCCCUAUGUCAACUUGUCGGUCGCUGUCAUACUAGACACUAUUUCCAAAUCGCUUGAGAAAAGCAACCGACACAUUGAGAAGCUGAUCGUCCACGCUUUCAAUCCUGAGCUGGCCAAGGACUCACCUGCAAUGCGCCAUACUUUCACAGGUCUACAUCAUCUUUCAUUGGGUAUCGACCUCGUGGACUCUCUCCUAGAAGACGCUCCUACAAACAGGGUUAUACCCGCAUUGCUCAAAUGCUCCCAGCACACAUUGCAACAUCUAGAAAUAUUCAGCGGUGGAAAGUUUCCCCAGUUUCCGAGCCAAGGUGUACAUUUCUUAAGUAAGGUUCUCAACGACGGAGAGACAGACAAAGCCCUUUGCUUGCCCAACCUCCGGACUUUGCGCCUUCGUUCACUUUUAGUCGACACGAAGUCUCUGCUUGAUUUCGUGACUGCUCAACCCAAGCUCUCUGAUCUCAAGUUUGGGCACGUGUGUCUGGUUACACCUGGCAUGGGAUGGGUGUAUCUGGUUACUCACCUCCCCAAAGCUGUGCAGAAGUGGGAAGCAUUUGGAAAGCUAGGUCACGAACCAGUUACCGAUUUUGAACGAGUUGUCUCUUCUAGUGCUUGCAUCGAGUGGGAUUAUUAUAAUCAACCAAUUCCCGCGGGGACAAGCUGGGAGGGACGAGACACAGGCAUGGAGACUCAAUUCAGGAGAAUCGGAGCUUGGCCAGCAGAUCAACCGGAUGGCUUCGUUACCCCUCGGGCUCCCCAAAUUACGGCGCCUUUCCCUGAGGUGUUUGUCAACCUUCAGUGGCCCCCUUCUAUUCCCCCUUUGGAUGGACAGUGA